AUGACAGUCAAAGCCCAAAAGUUUACACCAGAGGUCUUGCUCUCGGCCCCACGCCGCUCAGCUGGUGUACCUAAUAAAGAUGGCAGCUCCGUGCUCUACACCACGAGCACGUACUCCUUUGACUCACACACUAAGACCGUCGAGUUGAGGAGCCUGGACACAAGGUCAAAUGAGAGCACAUUGCUGGUCCAGGAUAACAGCGUUAGCGAGCCUGUCUGGUUGUCUGGUGAGAAGGAUGUCUUUGCCUGCCUCAAGGGCGAGGACAAGGGCAAGACUUCUAUUCUCAUUGCAACGACCAAGUCUACCUCUGAUUGGAAAGAUUCUACAUAUACCGCUGGUUCGAUUGAUGCUCCUGCUGGUAGCUUGAAGAUUGCACAAUUGUCUGACUCCUGUUACGCGGUUGUUCUGGCCGCUCAAUGCUGUCCGGACGGUUCUCUGUAUAACUCGGAAACAGCUCCUAAAACUCACUCGACUGGAAAACUCUACAAAAGCCUCUUUGUGAGACAUUGGGACGACUAUGUUACUCCUCAAAAGAAUACUCUGUGGUAUGCUACUCUGACCAAGGCCAAGGAUGGCAAGUUCGAAUUGAGCAAGUGGGUCAACGCCCUCAAGGGAGCUGCUGGUCUUGAGAGUCCAAUCCCUCCUUUCGGAGGUACAGACAGUUUCGACGUCAGCAAGUCCGGAAUCAUCUUUGUUUCCAAGGACCCAAAGACCAACCCUGCACUGAGUACCAAGUGCAAUGUGUACUAUAUCGAGCUUCGCAGCUUCACUGAGGAACCCGCGCCGAAGCCUUUCGAGUAUACGAUUCAGGACUUCAAGGGUGCUAGUUCUUCCCCUGUCUUUUCUCCCGAUGGCAAGAAAGCCGUCUUCCUGAGCUUGUACACUGCUGGGUACGAAAGCGACAAGUCUCAGAUCUUCUUGAUCGAGGACUUGAAGAAGAACUCGGUUCAACGUCUGUUCGACCAAAAGAAAGAGGGCAGUCUAGACAAAAGCCCACAGAACCUCGUAUUCAGCUGCGACGGUGAGACGUUGUACUUCUCUGCAGAAGACCAAGGAUAUGGUCGCCUGUUUGCAUUAACUUCGGAUCCUACUAAUGGUCAAGUAUUGCGUCCGCUUACAAACACUGGUUAUGUCUCUGAUGUCUGCCCUCUGGAGUCAGGGGAUGUAUUCUACACCAGCAGCUCGCUCGUCGACUACUCAUCGUACAGCAUCAUCGGAACUUCCCAGGCUGAGGCUCAAACUGCGAAGUGGACACACUCGUCAUCUAAAGGUGGUUCUUCCCUUGGUCUGAGAGCCUCUCAAGUCUCUUCGAUCCAUACACCCGCUUCAGACCCGACAGUGAACAAGACUGUGCAUUCUUGGGUAUACAAACCGUCCAACUUUGAAGAAGGCAAGAAGUAUCCGCUUGCUCUCUUAAUCCAUGGUGGGCCUCAAGGAUCUUGGGGAGAUUCUUGGAAUGUGGUUAUCACACCAAACGUUACUGGUUCAACAGGCUAUGGUCAGGCUUUCACAGAUGCGAUCAGAAAAGACUGGGGAGGACGACCAUACAACGAUCUCGUCAACGUCAUGGACUGGGUUGAGAAGCACAUGCCAGAGGUUGACAUGACAAGAGCAGUAGCUCUCGGUGCCAGCUAUGGUGGAUACAUGGUUAACUGGCUCAAUGGACAUGAUCUUGGACGCAGAUUCAAAGCACUCGUCUGCCACGACGGCAUUUUCUCCUUCGCUGGCGGCCUCCUCGCAACUGAAGAGUUGUUCUUCGCGAUGCACGCAAGUCUCUCUCAUCUUGACUUGGGCGGUACACCUUGGUACUCUCCAUCUGGAAACAAAACCGCCGACGAGGCCAAAGAGACAUUCGGGCAGACCUCGUUAGAUGCCUGGAUCAAGAACGAUCCCAGUCGCUACCUCGAUCACUGGCAGACACCUCAGUUGGUUAUUCACAACGAGAAAGACUAUCGUUUGUGUAUCUCCGAAGGACUCGCCGCUUUUAACGAUGAGAAUCACUGGGUGCUUAAGCCAGAGAACAGUUUGGUCUGGCACAAAGUUGUGUUGAACUGGAUCAACAAGUAUGCCGGUCUCCCGCCGUAUUGCAACGAUGACGAGGAGAGUGAGGACUUCUUCGGAGGGUUCAAGGAGGACAAGGCAGAACUUGUUGAAAUGGCAGGCAUGGGCAAGCCCGAGACUUGA